GCUGAAGGGUCAUAGCGUCCUCGCCCAUUUCCACAGUGAUUGGCCGCUGUUGUACACUGGGCACGCCCCCUUCGGGCUCCGGCUCCUUGCUCUAACCCGGCUUGCAGUUUCCCUGGGCAGACGGCUGGAGCUGGCCGGUACCGUCAGGCUGCUAACCAUGAUCCUGUGUCCCCCGAGCACGGAGCACCCCCGCGGAAACCAGUGCCAGCGGCUGCAGGGCCAGGUAGUGAAGAUGACCAGUAGCGACCAAGAGCGACCGCAGUUCCUGUUUGUGAAAGCGCUGGCCAGCCGGGGGCGCCUGGAAGCAGUAACACAACAGAUGGGCUACCACCCGCAGUACCUGGACAGCUUCCUCAAGAUGCAGCACUACCUGCUUCACAUGGACGGCCCACUGCCAUUUGCCUGCAGACACUACAUCGCCAUCAUGGCAGCUGCUCGGCACCAGUGCUGGUAUCUGGUGAAUCUGCACAUGCUGCAAUUCCUGCGAGUCGGGGGAGAUCCCCAGUGGCUGCGGGGCCUGGACUUCAUCCCUCCCAAACUCCGCAAUCUUAAUGAGAUCAACAAGAUCUUGGCUCAUCGGCCUUGGCUCAUCAGCAAGGAACACAUCGAGAAGCUGCUGAAGAUCAGUGAGCAGAGCUGGUCUCUGGCAGAGCUGGUCCACGCUGUUGUCCUCGUGGCACAUUACCAUGCUCUCGCCAGCUUUGUCUUUGGUUGUGGCUGUGAGCAGGAGUGGCUGGAUGGCAGGAGCAUACUGAAGUCAACAUUGCCAGGAAACCAGUGUUUCUGUGAGUUCGCCAGUGGGAACAGCUGUAAUCUGGAAUUGCUGCGCAUCAACCGCAAACGGUCUCUGGACUCCUGUGUGGAACUCGAAUCACUCCGGGAACGUAUCCAGAGGAUCCACCUGGAGACUGAAGGCCGAGAGGAAACAAGGCCACCACCACAAGACAGAGAGGAAGAUUUUGAUGGGGAAAUCGUCAGAGCCACAGAUCUCUCCUGCUAUGUGCAGGACCCUAACUUUGGAUACCAGGACUUUGCCAGGCGAGAUGAAGAGCAGACCCAGAUAUUUAGAGUCCAGGAUUACUCCUGGGAAGACCAUGGAUUCUCGCUGGUAAACAGACUCUACUCUGAUGUUGGCCACCUCCUGGAUGAGAAGUUCCAUACAGUUGACGGUCUCCAGAGCAAUGCCAUGGCCAAGCGGCAAGGCUGUGAAUCUUCCGUCUUCAAACGAGGCAUCUGGAACUAUAUCCACUGCAUGUUCGGAAUCAGGUACGAUGACUAUGAUUACGCAGAAGUGAAUCACUUUCUGGAGCGUAUGCUCAAGGUUUACAUUAAAACUGUGACUUGUUACCCAGAGAAGACUAACCCAGAAAUGUUCAGCCGGUUCUGGAAGCAGUUCAAGCAUGGUGAAAAGGUCCACGUGAACCUUCUCAUCCUGGAAGCCAGAAUGCAAGCUGAGCUCCUGUAUGCACUGCAAGCAAUUACCCAGUAUAUGAUCUCCUAGAGAGCAGGGAUGGCUGGGUUAUGGCAGGGCGGCGCAGGCAUCCCUGCCUUUCCAUGGACUCCAUACUUGACCCAUCGGGCUGGAACUGGCUGAGAUGGGUUUCUCUAAUGUACUUGACUGUUCUGUUUCUAUGGGGCACGAUGAGUGACCUUGUUAUGUGCAAUUACCAAGCUGUGAGGCAACUCCGUGCUGCUGUGAUGUCAGUGUGAAGCUGGAGACUUGAAUGUGUCCAUGGCAGACUCCCAAAGACAUGGCACAGGGAGGAAAGGACGGGCAGGGAGAGGGCAUGUCUCUCUUUAAAUAGAUGGGCUCUAACCAUCCACAGUGGAAGCCCCUUCGCCCAGGCGGCACAGGGAGCCUGUCCAUGGGGGCAGCCCAGUGCUGGAUCCUGUGUGCGUUCCAGCCCUAGGGCAGAGCUGCAAGCUUGCUUCCUUUCCAGCACUGCAGCAGCAUCACACUGGGCAUGGCUGGCUGUUCAGAUGCAGCGGCUGUGGGGUGAUGAAGCUUGCUGUGGAGCAUCACAAUCAGUAGGGUGGCUUGUGGGUGUGUUCUGAAACUCCUUUAGUCAGAGGAGCACAAGGGAGGAGCACUGGUUAUGACCCAGGUUCUCAGAGAUGAGCAUAUCCUCCCCCUCCCCAGCACAGUACUGGAGGGAAACCAGCCUCCUGCAUACGCUCCUGGCCAUGCCUGCCAACCUCCAGGCGGCACCAUGCUGAGUAUAUGUCAAGCUGUGGCACUCCAGAGGAGGUGCGGUGAUCAACAUGCUGUAUUCUCCCAGUGCCAGGAACAGGCUGUUUUCCUCCAGCUCCUGGAAGUGGCUGCUUGGAAUGUUUCACUUCUGUGGAGCUGAGUUCUUGGACCUGCAUCUCACCCUCGGGGGUCUCCUAUUGAGCCCCCCUUUCUACAGAAAGUACAGGGGGGCCAUUGUACCCAAACAUGAGCUGGGUCCUAGCCAAGGCUGCACUAGCCUUGGGAUGGGUCACUUGCUGCUCAGUAUUGCCAUGUGGGCCAUAUGCCUGUUCACUGACAGGCCAGGUCACCUGAAACUGCCUCAGUCACCUCCUGUUCUUGGGACAGCAGCCCCAGGACUGGAGCAGCUCCCGACUGACCAGCCUCCACCCACGCGCAGGCCUGCACCUCAUUCUCUUUGCCAUGGGCAGGAUCCACAUGCUGCAGUGCUCUUCGUGGCCCCGGGAGGGACUGAGGAGUAACAACCUGCCCUACCCCUGUUCCCACUCUGGCUGAAGGAGCGCAUGCUGUGCUGCACCUGCAGCCGUGGCUCAGUGGCUGACCCAGCUUCAGAGGGAGAUUCAGGUAAGGGCUGUGUACAGAGGCCCCUUAUCCAAAGAGCUUUUUGGUGCAUGAGGACACAGCUGGGACCUUCCUUGUAACUGGUCUGGAGGGUGAGUGAGGCACACUGCUUUGGUCAGCUUGGUUACUUGUGUGGAGAGAACCUUUGGAAGCUACAGAAGAAGCCUAUUUUUGCUAUAAAUAUAAUUAUGUUUGACACAAUCUGCAGCUGGCUCAUCUCUCUGCAGGGGAAAGGGAGUUUCGUGUGCCCCAGCUGGAGAGCCAACCCUUGUACAGGUGUGCUGUAGUCCACCUGCUCUGCCUGUGGAGCUGGUGGCAGGCAGGGCCGAGCUGCACUGCCAUAGCCUGUGCAGGCUUUCUACAGCAGGUCGGGUCAUCUGUGUGCUGCGGUGCCUGUGUUCCUGAAGUCUCCUGGCUUUGCCUGAGCCCGUGGAGAUGCAGCGGUGCUGUAUGGGCUCCCUGGCUGGUCAGACUGAGGGUAAUCCUCUUUCCCCUCUGGUGCCCUUUGGCACCAUGGCCAUAGGAGCCGAUGAACUGUCCCUCCUUGUAAAGGAGACUGCUAGCCCUGCUGCUUUGGCCAAGCUCCAUCUCCUUUCUCCCGCAGCAGCACUUUUUCUCUUGCUGUUCAAAACAGCUCUGGCAUCUUGCAGCACUCUGCUCAACAGCACCCAGGGAGCGUGACUGGACGGGAAAAGAGUUAACUGAACCUAAAGGACUUCACUGCAAGAAGGGAGCAAUACUGCCACAGCUGUGGGGGUGGGGCAGGGAGGGCGUUGGGUAGGCUUAGCCUCCCCUCCCACCACAGGUUGUAGGACAGGAGUGAAUUUAAGGCUUCACUCCGGCCAGGGCAGCCUGCCUUCAAAGAAGGUGGGUGGGCAAGUGAGUUGUUUUGAUCCCUGGAACAGCACAAGCCUGGCAAACGUUUCAGCAGGAGGCUUUCUGGCCAAAGCCAUGCAGGGGCUGAUGACAAUGUGGAAGCAGCCGCUUCUUUCCUAUGCUGAUUAUCUACACUUUGGGCCAAACAAACUGUAAGAUGUAAACCAAGUAGAUCCUACUGGAUUUUAUCACUUCUGAAUGGAACUGGGAGAGGGGGUUUGCUUUUUUUGGCAGUGUAUUUGCUGAAAAAGGCAAGUUUUGGUCAACCUUAAAACUAUUUGCAAAUAUGUCUAAUUUGCCUAAUAGUUUUGACUAAAGUGGAAAAACUCAGUGUUUCUGGAAAUUUCAGCUCUCUGCACAGUAGCUGCCCAAAAGGCUAACAGUGUUAGGGCCUAUUCGGAAAGUGAUAGAAAUACAUGGUGCACCCACACCUUGAAUAAUCUGUCCAGGUCUGGUCUCCCCAUCUCUGAAAAGGUACAGAGAAGGGCAACAAAGAUGAUCAAGGGUAUGAAAAGACUUCCCUGUGAGGAGAGACUACAAUGACUAGGUUAGUUCAUCUUAAAAAAGAGAUUAAGGGAUGUGUGUAAUACAGAUGUGUAAUACAAA